UGAGUGUAGUGUAGUACGAAGAUGAUGACGACGAUGAUGAUAGUACGAUUUAGCUUCACGCUAUAUAUAAUAAUCGCCAUUCCCUUCUCUAUCAUAAAAAAUCCUAGAAACAUAGCAACCACCACCACCACCACCACAUGGCUCGUUUCUCCUUGCCGGUCCUCCUUUACUCCACCGCCACUUCCCGUCGCUUCUCGUCCGACUCAAUGCAACAGCAGCUGCGCAACGUCUGGAUCUCGGGGCUCCUUGACCCUUCCAAGGUGAGGGUGACGGAGAGGUACUGGUUAUACACGGGGGAUAUUGAUAAGAUGAUAGAAGCUAGGAAAGAAACCGAGAAAAGAGACAAGUACUAUGAGUCUAUUGUAAAAGAAGAGUCGUGGUUGAAUCAGGGUAAAAAACGAGAUAGCCGUAGACAUUUUAAAUGGCUUAUGAAUGGUCCAACUUCCGAUUCUACUUCCGCAGAUCUCACUUUCUUCAACUGGAGGAAACAAUAUAAGAUGAGUGUGCUUGACACACCUGAUAAUGUUGAUUUCACUGCUGAGGUUCAGAAUGCUCUGCGUGCCUUUGACGGUGCCAUUCUUGUUCUUUCUGGUGUUGAUGGGGUGAACAGCCACUCCAUUUCUGUUGAUAAACAAAUGAUGGGAUAUGAACUUCCAAGACUUGUUUUUAUCAACAAUCUUGACCAUAAGGGAGCAAAUCCAUGGGGAGUUUUAUAUCAGGCAAGAUCCAAGCUUCAACAUCAUAUUGCUGCAGUCCAAGUUCCAAUAGGCUUGGAAUAUAAUUUUAAGGGACUUGUUGAUCUUGUGCACUUAAAGGCCUACUUUUUUCAUGAUUCAAAUGGACAAAAGGUUUUCGUUGAAGAAGUUCCUGGAUAUAUGGAAGCCUUGGUGUCACAGAAAAGGCGUGAACUUAUAAAAACUGUGUCCGAGGUGGACGAUAAACUUGCAGAAGCUUUCAGUGGUGACAAGCCCAUCUCAGCAGCUGAUCUUGAGGAAGCAGUUCGUAGGGCCACCAUAGCACGGAAGUUUAUACCAAUAUUCAUGGGCAGUGCUUUCAAGUAUAAGGGGCUACAACUACUUUUGGAUGGUGUACUUAAUUAUUUGCCGUGUCCAACUGAAGCUAGUAAUUAUGCUCUCGUCCAAUCUAAGAAUGAGGAAAAGGGUACACUUGUGGCGCUGGCUUUCACUUUAAAGAGAAAGUAUGAUCUACUAACAUAUCUAAGAAUCUACGACGGCAUCGUUAGGAAAGGGGAUUUUAUCACAAACGUUGACACUGGCAAGACGUUCAAGGUUCCUGAUUCAAUUGAAAUGCGAAAAGAUGAGAUCGGGGUUCCUCAUCCGCUUCAACUGCGAGUGGAUAAGAAGGGGGUUCCUUAUGUGAUUGGGUUGCGUAAUGAGGUUCCUUAUUCAACUGAGCCGCGGAAGGAUGAUUUGGGGGUUCCUCUUUUGAUUGGGUUGAGUUAUCAUGAGGCGAUCCAAGUGGCUCGUGCUGGAGAAAUAGUCGCUGUACAUGAUCCCCUUAGUGCACCAGGUGAUACUUUUACCGAUGGGUUGGUAAGAUAUACAAAGUCUUCUGUUGAUGUUUCUGAGCUGAUCUCAAGAGAUUCUGGAGUGCAAGUUUCAGAAGUUUAGCAGACUUGAGUUUUGGCAGCGUCACUGCUCUUUUGAUAGGCCUCCUUGAUGGAUGGCUUUUGUUUAUGUAUAUGUUGAGUUGGUGUAUCUGCAGAUAUUUGGGAGUCUAGGAAUGUUAUAUUUUGAGUUGUACAAAAUCUAGAUAUGCCAUUUUUUAGAUUCUGGCUGAUGAUAUAGGUUUAUGAACAUGAUUAUGAUUUUGGAAACGUUGAAAUUAUAGAAGGCACUCGCUUGAAAUUUC